AUGGCUCCUUCCCGAUGAGCCAGCGCAUCUUCCCACCAUCCUUCUGGAACAGCACGUACCAGCCCUCAUCGGUCUCAGCCACCCUGAGCAGCCCCCUGGCCGCUGCUGCUCACAGCGAGCUGCCCUUCGCCGCCACCGCAGACCCCUACGCACCUGCCUCCCUGCACAGUCACCUGCACCAGGGUGGCCCCGAGCCCUGGCACCAUGCUCACCACCACCACCACCAGCACCACCACCACCCCUACAUCGGCACACAGAGCACCGCCUACCCCCGCCCUACAGCUGUGCAUGAGGUCUACGGGCCCCACUUUGACCCCCGCUAUGGCUCCCUCCUGGGGCCACCCCCCCGGCUCACCCCUGCCUCUGUGCCCACGCCGGUCAGCCCCCCCUGUGAACUGGGCAAGAGCGAGGCGGGAGCUGCUGCAGCCUGGACGACACCAGGACCCUUCCCCAAUGCAGCAGGGGAAAUGGCACAGAGCCUCAGCCUCAAUGUGGACACAGCUCGCCGUUACUCCUUCUGUGGUGGAUCCCUUCUGAGCUGA